GGAGUGGGGGAAUGCUGAGGAAGGGGACCCUGGGACAGCUGGGAGCCGAGUCAGAAUCAGGGCAGGAUGAGCCCUGGCAGCCGCAAAACCCCCUGAGCGAGCCGAAGCAGGGUCCGGGAGAGGGGGGAUCCCCAGGACCCACGGGCCCCCAGCAGCUCUGAGAAGAGGGACCCCCAUAACCCCAGAGUAAGGACACUGGAAACAGGGAAGCCCUGGGACAGUGUUUUUGGACUCCUCGAUUUUUGGAGGAUUUUAUGGACACCAGACAUGCGGUGACUUUUAGAGAUGGACUUGGACAGCAGGAACUUCAAAGCCAAUGCACUCACAGAAUGUCUUUCCCACGCCAGGAAUUCCCAGUGCCAGACUUUGGCUGGGUAGAGGAGGAGAAGGCUGUGAGGAAGAGGAGGAUUCCUGCGCAUCCCCAGGCAGACAAGGAGGCCAGGGAGGACAAAUCCCCUCAGCAGAACCUCGUGGAAGAGGCUGUUUUGAGCGGCUCCAUGGCACAGGAAUGCAACGGGGAGGAAAAGCCGCGGAGAUCCCGCCCGAGGAGGGGCUCCAAACCCAUGCCAGGGUGCUCCAAGGAGGAAGGACCCACCCUGUGCCAGGAAGGCAGCCAGAGAUGUGGCCAGAGCUCUGAGCUGGUGGUGCAUGAACAGCUUCACAAUGGCAAGAAGCUGCACCAGUGCUCAGAAUGUGGGAAGAGUUUCUGUGCAAAGUCCAGCCUGGUCCGGCACCAGAAGAUCCACACUGGGGAACGGCGCUGUGAGUGUGGGAAAUGUGGGAAGCGCUUCAGAGACACCUCUCACCUGAUGAUCCACCUGAGAGUCCACACUGGGGAACGGCCCUAUGAGUGUGGGGAGUGUGGGAAGAGCUUUGCUGACAGGUCCAGCCUGAUCUCCCACAAGAGGAUCCACACUGGGGAACGGCCCUAUGAGUGUGGGGAGUGUGGGAAGAACUUCACUACCAGCGCUAGCCUGAUCAUCCACCAGAAGAUCCACACUGGAAAACGGCGCUACGAGUGUGGGAAAUGUGGGAAGCGCUUCAGAGACACCUCUGGCCUGAUGAUCCACCAGAGAGUCCACACUGGGGAACGGCCCUAUGAGUGUGGGGAAUGUGGGAAGAGCUUCACUGUCAGCUCCCACCUGAUCCGCCACAAGAGGAUCCACACUGGGGAACGGCCCUAUGAGUGUGAGGAAUGUGGGAAAGGCUUCACGAAGAGCUCCCACGUCAAAAGUCACCAGAUGCUCCACACUGGAAUCUGACCCUGUGUGUGGGGGCAGUGCGGGAAGAGCUUGCAUGACAGCUCUGGCCUGAUCAUGCAGCAGACAGUGCACACUGGGGAAUGCCUCUACACGUGCUCAGAAUGUGGGAAGAGCUUCAUCCAGCACUCCAAGCUGCUUGUCCACCGGCAGAUGCACACUGGAGAGAGGCCCUAACAGUGUCCUGAGUGUGGGAAGAGCUUGUCCCAGAGCUGUGCUGUGACCCAAGAGCAAUGGAGGCACCAGGAAGGGAAGCCCUACAAGUGCCCUGCGUGCGGGAAGAGCUUUGUGCACUGCUCCAACUCCAUCCCCCGUUGGAGGAGCCCAUUGGAUGAUCCCCAGUGGGCCCCAUUGGGCAGAGCCUUGGGGAUCCACGGUCCUGGUGAUCCAUGUGUGCAAGUGUUGGGGAUUACAUUUGUUUCUUUUUCACUUACAGAAUUUUUUUCCCAUAAGUUGCUAGAAGUCUAACGACUGUGUGCUUGAUUUAAAGAAAGAAGUGUCUAAAGGAGAUGGCAGCAGUGGGCUACACCUGUUGUUUUUGGGUCUCUGAGAGUUUCCCUCAGAGGGGGGAGAUAAGUGGAGUUUUGGGGGAGGUAAAGGACAGAGCUGGGGGCAGCUGCUCUUGCUCUGGGCAUGGGAGAGAGGAUGGUCGGGCUGGUGCUCUCUGCGGGAAGAGCUCACGGUCAUCACUGCAUCUUGCCCUGGGAAAUUGCCAUCAUCUGCUCAUGUGCUCCUGUGCCCAGGGAUUCUGAGCUCGCCUCCUCCUGCCCUGCUGGGCCCGCCGUCUCACCAUCACAGCCUAUUCGGGGCUGCUUUGAGGCUUUCUGCUACUCUGUAGCCCUGCCCUGCCCUGCCGGGACAUCCCUGCCGCUCCAGCUACCAGCACAGAGCUUCUGAGCUCAUCCACCAGCCCGGGGCUUUCCACCCUUCCAGCUUGGCCUCUCGGAGUCCUGCCGGGCCACCGGGAUCAAACUGCCCCAGGCUUUGUGAAAGAAAGCCCUCGAGGUUCCUGGUUCUGUUUAUUAUUAAUGCUGUAGUUGUUGUUUAUUUGCUUUGUCAUACCUACAGUUGGCCGGGGAAUCAGCCAGAGUCAAGACAGCACUCAAUAUGAGUUAAAAAUCUUGCUCGUUUAUUCAGCUAUUUGGCUUACAUUUAUACUGUGCUAAGCAUAUCAUGCACCUAACUCUUAACAUCAUUGGUUAAACCAUAGUGUUCACACGUCCUUGCAGUAGACAUAAUUGGUUCAGAAGCUCUGUCCACGAGGCUAAAUGCUGCAAAUCUUCCCUAACUUAUGGUCAAUGCAUCCUGUCUAGCAUCCUGUUACAGCUAUUGUUCCAAGCUUUACUUCCUCCUUAUCCCAUCUAAGGAAUGGUUCAAGGACGUUUCAUCUUCUACUCAUCCCUUAAGCUAAGAGCAGGAUUGUGCACAUGUCCCUGCUUUUCCAGCCAUGCAUCCACAACAUAGCAGUGAAGAAUUGUUCUUCCUGGCCCCAUCCUUCUGCCUGAAAGCCCCCCUUCAUUUUCUACAUCAUCAUCGUUUGGAGGGAGAAGAUUUGAAUUCUCCACCCCUAGGGAGGUCCUGCCCCUCCCUAGCAGAUUCCUGUCUGUCAAACCAAGACAGGAAGAGAGCUGGCUGGUGGUCUGCACAUCUUCCUGGCCCCCUGUGGGCACCUGGAUGCAACAGGACCCCAAGGGGAUGUGGCCAUGAAUGGUGACAUGGACAUGGCUGGAGACAUGGGGGUGACAUGGACACGAGUGGGGACAUGGAGAGCCAAGAAUGGGGGCAUGGUGGGGAUACGGGCAUGGGUGGGGACAUCAGGGCACAUGGACAUGGGUAGGGACGUGGGGUGAACUUCCAGGGAAUGUGGGGCAUGGUGGGUUUGAGUGAACUGAGGUCUCUUGGGAGUGGUGUUGGGUGCUGUGUCAUGAAACUGAAAUUCCAGAUCAUCCCAGCGUGUGCCGUGGAUGCCAGAGGGGAAUUCCCAAGGCUCCCAGGGUGCCGGUUCUGCCCUGCUGCCCAGGGGAGCUGUGCCCAAGGGGCAGGUGACAAGGUCCUGAAGCUGUGUAGGCUGACAAAGCAGACAGCAAAGGUUGGUUUGCUGGACAUUUUCCAGCCCAUUGCCAGCUCCAAGCAGAGGGAAGAAGAAAAGGAAAGUGAGUCCCUGACAGAAUCCCAGAACCAUUGCAGUGGGAAGGGCCCCUGGCCGUGGGCUGCAGUGCCAGGAGGGAGAGACGCCUCUACCCCAGUGAGGUGCAAAUGAGACCAUAGCAGCAGAGCCUAUGGAUUUUUUUGCAGAUUUAUUUUAUUGAAUAAUUGAAUAAACAAUCUUGUAGUAGUUGGAUUUCACUAUAAUUUAUUUGCUUUAAUUGCAAAAUUGUAAUUGCUUGUAAAUAAAUAUGGUGCCUUCUAAAGUGCUUUGAAGUAGGAGAAAUUUGUAAGUUCUUGUGAUCAAUGUAAAAGGGGAAGCAAGGCUUUCACAAGAGUAAGUGGGCUUGCAAAGGAUGUAUUUUAAGAUAUUAUUGCAAUAUAUAUGUCCAAGAUAGCAGAAACGGAGAGCAGAAGAGCAUAAAAGGAGAAAUAGUAAAACCCCUUAAAGUGGCAUCAGAAGACCACCCUGGACCUCCAACGUGUUCAACUCCUGAAGUGUGCAAGGUUGCAGAAAAUCUGAAUUAAGAUUGUGGUCAACGAGCUCAAACUAAAUCUGCUCAAUCACUUGAGGAAAUAAUACAUCUGCAACAGUAUAAAAGACUGCAGACUGCAGAAGUGGGUGUGUACUGGCUAUGCCAGGCACCUGUGUCUUUUGCUUUCUGUUUUAUCCCUUAUUAUCCUUUAUUAAAAUGCUUAGAAUUUUUCAGAGGAGUGUGCUUCAUUUGUCACAGUGAACAGGAAAUGUGACGUAGAGA